AUGAUAGGAUCAUUUUUGUUUCCUUUUGACAUUUGCGGAAAGACUUGUACAGCACGAAUAAAUGUCUGCAUUAUUGGCGAAGAUCAGACGACUGUCAUGCUGGUGCAGGACAAGAAGUUGAAAGAUCCAAAACCCCAAGUCAUUGCAACAACUAUUGCUGCAUUUGCAAAUAACAACGAGAUCCGGACCAUGAGCCGUCGACCUCGUCUUCCUACCAUCACUUUUCCGGCCAUCACUAUGCAUGGCACCUAUCCAGUCUUCUACAAAAUCAAAGUCACGACUCAACUAUAUGAUGCUGUUGCAAGCGGAAUGUAUCCCCCAACGGCAGCACAUGUUCUUCGAUAUAUUCCGGACCUUCCUCUACCCUAUAACGAAGGAAUGCACUUUCUCCAGAACAGAAUUGAGAUCCUGGCCUGCCUGGAGGCAUUCAAACAGUUCUUGUAG